ACACAAACAUCCAGGAAAAUCUAUAUGGUGGGGUGUAAAUGUAUCAAUUGACAACUUUUUCUUACUGAGAAGCAGUUUCAUUUAUAUAUAUAACAACAAGCAACUUCUUGUCCUUGGAAGAAAGUUUGUUCUUGCAAUGGCAGGCACUACUUCUCUCUUGCACUUAAUAGUAAUAUUUUUGGGAAUUUCUCACUUUAUCUUCUGCAAUAAUGCUAUCCCAAUUACAAGAAUUGGAAGGUUAGUGCAGGAUCCUCAAAUUCAUCCAGUUCAAGAAAAUAUCCACAUGGCAAGUAAGGAGGAAAGCCAGGAGGAAAACAUGAUGAAUCUUGAUGGGAGAAUGGUUAUGGAGCUGAAUGAUUACCCGGGAUCCGGCGCCAAUCACCGCCACACGCCAUGGCCACCGCAAUUGGGAAGAUCAUGUGCUGAUUGCUAGUUUCUGAGUCUAGAAUAAUCAUUAGAUAUAGUAAUAGCUAAUAUUGGCGAGUUGUGGGCAGACACAGAACUAAACUUGCUCACACCUCAAGAUUCUUAGGAAGUUAUAUUUAUUUAUUUAUCUCUUAUGGCGAUUUGGGAAGUUGAUAUCCAUCUAUACAUAUUAAUUACCAGAAAGCUACAUGUGGAAACUAAGCUGUACUGAUUAUAAAGAUACAUAUAUAUAUUAUGUAUGAGAACUCUUGAGAGAGUUUUAGCUACUGGUUUGUAAGUUGUAAGCAAGUUUUUUCUCUCAUUUACAUGUGAUUGGAUUUCUGUGGUGGAUUCA